AUGCCUCCCACUUCACAGAACCCUCGGAAGCCCGGCGUCGCCGUCCUGAUCACCCAUCCCUCACUGCCCGACACGGUGCUCCUGGGCCUGCGCAAAGGCUCCCACGGCGCGAACUCGUGGGGCUUGCCUGGCGGUCACGUCGACCCGGGCGAGACACACGCCACGACCGCUGUGCGCGAAGUUCUCGAGGAGACAGGUCUCGAGAUUGCCGUGUCGGACGACGAGGUGGCGCACACGCAGGACGACUUUGAAAAGGAGGGCAAGUACUAUGACACGUACUUUCUACGCGGCACAGUGACCGACACAACGGCCUCGCCAGAGAUCAAGGAGCCCAACAAGUGUGCCGAAUGGCGCUGGUUUGCCUGGGAGGAGCUGCGCCAGAUGAGGGAGAUGAGCGGGCCGGACGAGUAUCUGUUCCGCCCCAUGUGGCAGCUGGUUGGCCUGAACCCUGAAUUGCAGUCUCUCUUGAAAUAG